GGCAGUCACAUGGAGGGCUAUGCGGCCCCCCAAAGAAAUGCCACCCCACACCAUGACUGACCCACCGCCAAACCGGUCAUGCUGGAGGAUGUUGCAGGCAGCAGAACGUUCUCCACGGCGUCUCCAGACUCUGUCACGUCUGUUACAUGUGCUCAGUGUGAACCUGCUUUCAUCUGUGAAGAGCACAGGGCGCUAGUGGCGAAUUUGCCAAUCUUGGUGUUCUCUGGCAAAUGCCAAACGUCCUGCACGGUGUUGGGCUGUAAGCACAACCCCCACCUGUGGACGUCGGGCCCUCAUACCACCCUCAUGGAGUCUGUUUCUGACCGUUUGAGCAGACACAUGCACAUUUGUGGCCUGCUGGAGGUCAUUUUGCAGGGCUCUGGCAGUGCUCCACCUGCUCCUCCUUGCACAAAGGUGGAGGUAGCGGUCCUGCUGCUGGGUUGUUGCCCUCCUACGGCCUCCUCCACGUCUCCUGAUGUACUUGCCUGUCUCCUGGUAGCGCCUCCAUGCUCUGGACACUACGCUGACAGACACAGCAUACCUUCAUGCCACAGCUCGCAUUGAUGUGCCAUCCUGGAUGAGCUGCACUACCUGAGCCACUUGUGUGGGUUGUAGACUCCGUCUCAUGCUACCACUAGAGUGAAAGCACCGCCAGCAUUCAAAAGUGACCAAAAACAUCAGCCAGGAAGCAUAGGAACUGAGAAGUGGUGUGUGGUCACCACCUGCAGAACCAUUCCUUUUUUGGGGGUGUCUUACUAAUUUUUUGAGCAGUGUACAAAACAUUUACAUAGACAAAAAUAUUCUCAACCUCCAGAUGAGUAUGAGGGGGGAUUUUAAUUAUAAUUCUGACAAGCUUGUUUUGCUGGUAGCUUAUUCUUUAGAUGUUUAGGGCUGCUGGUAAAUCCUGAUGUGCAGGCAUAAAGAAGUGACAUUGGACUAGUCUUUAGGGUGUCUAUAGUUAGGUUUCCAUCCAAUUGGCGACAGAUUUUCAUACCAAUAUUCUAAAAUCUUCAUAAAAACAAUAUACCAUUUGAGUUUCCUCUUGAAAGAUUUGGCGUCGAACAACAUGACAGGGAAGAUUUUAAUUUUCCUGACAUCCAUAUGCAUUCAGAUCUGACCUGGCGCAACUAGCGCCAUCAAUAACGGCGGGAUGUUGGUCAAAUGAGCCACAUUUACGUGUCCUUAAACAGCUAUAAGAAAUUACAAAAACACUUCCUUGUGUUUUGAUGUGUAGUGUAUGCUAAACUUCAUAGCCUAUUUUUUUUCUGCUUUCCUAAACUUUCUUAAAACAAUAAUUUUCCACCUCACGGGUCAGCUUUCAGAGAUUUGAAUAUUAAAUUGUAUCAGGGCAUUGCAUGCAUAGACCUUUAGGCUUAGAUGUCCACUGUAUAAUAUUAAUAUUUUAAUUGUAUACAUACUAACUGUAUACAUACUACCGUUCAAAAGUUUGGGGUCACUUAGAAAUGUCCUUGUUUUUGAAAGAAAAGCACUUUUUUUGUCCAUUAAAAUAACAUCAAAUUGAUCAAAAAUACAGUGUAGACAUUUAAUGUUGUAAAUUACUAUUGUAGCUGGAAACAGCAGAUUUUUUUUUAAUAGAAUAUCUAUAUAGGCGUACAGAGGCACAUUAUCAGCAACCAUCACUCCUGUGUUCCAAUGGCACAUUAUGUUAGCUAAUCCAAAUGUAUCAUUUUAAAAGGCUAAUUGAUCAUUAGAAAACCAUUUUGCAAUCAUGUUAGCACAGCUGACAACUGUUGUUCUGAAUUUAAAGAAGCAAUAAAACUGUCCGCCUUUAGACUGGAGCAUCAGUAUUUGUGGGUUCGAUUACAGGCUCAAAAUGGCCAGAAACUGGCCCUAACCAGAAUAGAAAAGAUUGGGAGGCUCCGGUGCACAACUGAGCAAGAGGACAGUACAUUCGAGAUCUAGUUUGAGAAACAGACACCUCACAAGUCCUCAGCUGGCAGCUUCAUUAAAUAGUACCCGCAAAACACCAGUCUCAACGUCAACAGUGAAGAGGUGACUCCGGUAUGCUGGCCUUAGAGUUACCAGCCUCAGAAAUUGCAGACCAAAUAAAUGCUGCAGAGUUCAAAUAACAGACACAUCUCAACAUAAACUUUUUAGAGGAUAAUGCCUGAAUCAGGCCUUCAUGGUCAAAUUGCUGCAAAGAAACCACUACUAAAGGACAUCAAUAAGAAGAAGAGACUUGCUUGGGCCAAGAAACACACGCAAUGGACAUUAGACCAGUGGAAAUCUGUCCUUUGGUCUGAUGAGUCAAAGUUUGAAAUUUUUGGUUCCAAUCGCCAUGUCGAUGGUGAAUGGAUAAUCUCUGCAUGUGUAGUUCCCACUAUGAAGCACGGCAGAGGAGGUGUGGGGGUGCUUUGCUGGUGACACCGUCAGGGAUUUAUUUAGAAUUCAAGGCACACUUAACCAGCAUGGCUACCACAGCAUUCUGCAGCUAUAAGCCAUCCCAUCUGGUUUGCGCUUAGUGGGACUAUCAUUUGUUUUUCAACAGGACAAUUACCUAACACACCUCCAGGCUGUGUAAGGGCUAUUUGACCAAGAAGGAGAGUGAUGGAGUCCUGCAUCAGAUGACCCGGUCCACACAAUCACCCGACCUCAACCCACAUGAGGUGGUUUGGGAUGAGUUGGACCACAGAGUGAAGGAAAAGCAGCCAACAACUCCUUCAAGACUGUUGGAAAAGCAUUCCAGGUGAAGCUGGUUGGGAGAAUGCAAAGGGUGGCUACUUUGAAGAGUCUAAAAUAUUGUCAAGUCUACUCCUGCUCCCCGGCACUCAACAUUGCCGGUUUACUAAUCACUGGUUCUGACUACCAUCAUUACGCACACCUGGCACCAUCGUUACACACAGCUGUGCCUCAUCGUGACACACCUGGACUCCAUCACUUCACAGAUUACCUCCCCUAUAUGUCACUCCCUUAGUUCCAUUCUCCAGGCAGUAUUGGUUGUGUUUCAUGUUCAGGCGCUACUCUUGUUUUUGUAUCGUUCCAUGUUUAUAGUAUUAUUAAACUCACCUCCUGCACUUGCUUCUCGACUCCCAGCAUCUCCGUUACAAAUAUAAAAUAGUUUGAUUUGUUUUACACUUUUUUGGUUACUACAUGAUUCCAUAUGUGUUAUUUCAUUGUUUUGACGGCUUCACUAUUAUUCUACAAUGCAGAAUAUAGUAAAAAUAAAGAAAAACCUUUGAAUGAUUAGGUGUGUCCAAACUUUUGACUGGUACUGUAUAUCAAUCUAUAUAAAAGGUCUAUAUAAAGGAAGAGAAGCUUAGUCCUAACACCAGAGAGAUAUGCAUUUCUUUGUCAGAUGGCUGUUGCGGCUACUAUACAGAUAUAGACGUACAGGAGGCUAAUUAGUUCAAUUUCGAUCCGAAUAUUUUUUAUAAAGAUACUCAUAUAAUCUAACAAUAUAAUGCUUAACUCUGGUAGGCCUCAAACAGACUUUCUCACCUCAAAUUCAAUUGACAGAGUGACGCGACGCACUGCCUUCAGGAAGUUUACCCAGGACACUCCUGACCUGCAAACCAACAUUUUAUUUCAUAAUUGGUUAAAGUAAGAGUCAGUUUUAGAUGUUGGUUACUGGUUUUACAUGCGUAUCCUUAUCGAGAUUCCCUAAAAAACACACCUCUUCGAUACAACUACGACCGGAUGUAGCUUUUUCGCAGCAGGUUAGGAUAAUUCGAUUCCUAACCUGCUAUAAAAAGUAACAUACGGUCGUAACUAUAUCGAAGUUCCGUGUCCUUAUCUUAUAUACUCUGCCUUUUUCCUGCAACAACUCAACUUCUCUGUUGUGCUCCUCUCAUUGAAGUUCAAAAAUGAUCCGGUUAAUGGUAUUCAAAAGAACAGUUUACGAAGAACAACUUUUCCUGUUCCUGUUUCGGGGUUGAUUUUGUUUCACUGGUAGGCUAUAAUCAACAUUAGGACAAGUCCUCUUCUCAAUAACGUUACAUGAAAGAUAUGAAAGCGUGUUCAACGUGAUUUCCCGUGGUGUCAUUGAGAAAGACCACUCGUAUGAUCAUCCCUAUGCUGCUGAGAUGGAGGAGGCGUACACAGAGCUGUACAGGGAGUUCCUCCGACUGCGCUCACUAUGUCUGAAGCAGGCUGCUCUACUCCAGCAACUCACAGAGACACUGAGGAGACAGCGAGUAGAAGCCCCUGUUUCUGAUGGACAACCCAGCGUAAUGGCAUCAAUCCCAGUCCAGUGCACCCAGGAUGGCCUGGGGUCUCUCCCUGCACGGCCAGAACCCCCAAUGGUACCAACACACAACCCUGCUGCACACCGUGGCGGUAUAGUCCUAUCUGGGGCCUUUGGCUCACUCUCUGAUCUCCUGGAGGGGGAUUUGGGCAGACUACGGCUGGACUUUGCUCAUCCAGGGACAGAAAGGAAUGAGGUCCUCAAACCCGCCCCCCUCAGGCCUCUGGAUCUACCUCGGGGUAAUAAUGGAGAGGUGGCACCCUCCAGUGUCUCUGGGGACUCGAAGCAAGCAGGUCGAUUUUGGGGUGAUGAUACGACCCGACAAAUGUUCCGGAUGCCCUCGGCGUGUGGCUCCUUCUUGGACAGUGAGUUCCUGAGCCAGAACGGGGGAAUGAUGCUGAUGUCAGAGGUGGCAAUGCAGUCUCAGGUGUGUGACUUCUGCAAUGCUGUGUUCCCUGGCUACACCACCACCAGGGGGGACUUCCUGCGCCAUCUCCACACACACAUCAGCUAAAACUCUGGUUCCACGUUGAUUCAACAUCAUCGCAUAGAUUUUUUGUGGUUGAAAUGGCAUGGAAACAAUGUUGAUUCAACAAGUCUUUUCCCAGAGGGUUAUUUUGUUGCCACAGUGAUCAGUAAUUUGCGCCAUGGGCCCUGGUCAAAAGUAGUACACUAUAUCAUAGGGUGCUAUUUGGGAUGCUGCCUUUGUCUUUCACAAUCAACGCAGCGAUGCAAAAGCACACAGCAGAACUCCUCAACGAGCCACCAGAUUGGCAGCUAUAUCUCCCUAUAUUUAGUCUGCUAUCUCAUCAUGGUGGUGGGGGUGCGCAGACUCACAUGGAGUGAAAAGAGGGUGACAUCACAGAUAUAGGUGAGUCAUGCAAGCAUCGUUCGUACAGGAUUAGCACUCAGCACAGAACUGGAAGGAACAAACAACUUGACGGCGGUGAUGAUGGUGGUGGUGAUAUUGGGGGGUGAGUGGGAAUGUCUGUUUGGACUUAGUGCUUUUCUAUUAGUUCCCUAAUUGCUGGCAGCAUUCGAAUGACAAAGGCUUAUUCAGCCUUAUCGUACAUUUGACUCUUAUGCUCCGUCAAAAUGGAUAUCCUCAAAAGAAGUGCAACAAAUGGGGCCACAAGAUUUUUAAAACAAUAAAAUAACAUUUAUUGGGUAUUAACAAAAUAAAUAAUUUUCUGUUCAACAUAACAAACUGAGGUUGUUUAAUGCUUGUGAGGCAGGUGGUUACAGUUUAGGUACCUCAUGGUAAUAAUGUGUGCAUCCCAAAUUGCAUUCUAUUUCCUCUAUAGAGCACCACCUUUAACCAGAGCCAUAUGGGCCCUGGUCAAAAGUAGUUCAUUAUAUAGGAUAUUGAAGGCCUUUUGGGAUGCAGAAAAUGAAAUGUCCUUGAUUCACCCUGAUUUCUUAAUCAUCCAAACACCUUUCUUUUCAACAUUCAUACCCAGUAACAUCUGAUGAUGUUUUCUUAAAAAAAAAAAAAAAUAUGUUAAAUUAUCCAAAACUCCGUUGUCAAAGAAUUUAGUGUUUUAAUAUGACAUACAUACUGUAUAAAAAAAUAAAACAUUGGGAGAUGA